CGGGACCAGCCUGGAAAAAAGAUUCCUGUGCAGAGAUUUUCAUGGGCUUGACUACUUCUGCAACUGUCUCAUACAAUUCUUUCCAACAAUUAAAUCCUUUAACUUCACACAGAGCAUAUCAGCUCUGGGGGAUACUUGCAAGUGGCUUGACAACAACCUGCUGAAUUAGUGAAAGAGCCUAAUAAGGUUUUAACUGAUUAACAUUACAUCAUGUUGGUGACAAACCUGGUAGCCCUGGUCCUCCUGGCCACGUCAGCCUCAGUUGCUACCUCAGCUUCAGCUGCCACCUCAGCUUCAGCUGCCACCUCAGCUUCAGCAGACAAAGUCCUGAGUAAGCACGCCACCAUCCUGGCUGACAACAGUGCAAAACUGGCUUUCACGCUCUACCAAAACAUGGCUAAGGAAAAAAAGGUAGAAAACAUUCUCAUUUCCCCUGUAGUAGUGGCCUCUUCUCUGGGUCUGGUGGCUCUUGGGGGCAAAGCCUCCACUGCCUCUCAGGUAAAAACCAUUCUGAAUGCGGCACAAGUUAAAGAUGAGCAGCUGCACUCUGGUCUGGCUGAGCUCCUGACAGAGGUGAGCAACCCAGAGACCCGCAAUGUCACCUGGAAGAUUAGCAACCGCUUGUAUGGACCCAGUUCCGUCACCUUUGUGGAUGAUUUUGUCAAGCGCAGCAAAAAGCACUAUAACUGUGACCACUCCAAGAUAAACUUCAGAGAUAAGAAGAGCGCUGUGAACUCCAUCAAUGAGUGGGCAGCCAAGUCUACUGAUGGCAAGCUGCCCGAGGUUACUAAGGAUGUAGAAAAGACCGAUGGAGCGAUGAUCAUCAAUGCUAUGUUUUUCAAACCUCACUGGGAUGAACAGUUCCAUCAUAAGAUGGUGGACAACCGUGGCUUUAUGGUAUCCCGUAGCUACACUGUUUCCGUACAGAUGAUGCACCGCACAGGUCUCUAUGACUUCUAUGAUGACAUAACCAAUAAGCUGAUCAUCCUGAGCAUGCCUCUGGCUCAUAAGAAGUCCACUGUGGUGUUCAUCAUGCCCCACCAUGUGGAAACUCUGGAGAGACUGGAGAAGAUGCUGACCAAGGAGCAGCUGGAUACGUGGAUGGGCAAACUGCAGCCAACAGCGGUAGCGGUGUCUCUGCCCAAAGUCAGCAUGGAAGUCAGUCACAACCUGCAGAAACACCUCGGGGAACUGGGCCUCACAGAAGCUGUGGACAAAUCCAAAGCUGACUUCUCCAAAAUCUCUGGGAAGAAGGACCUGUACCUGUCCACUGUGUUUCACGCUUCUGCCAUGGAAUGGGACACCGACGGAAAUGAAAUUGACACUAGCAUCUUUGGCACAGACAAGCUGAAAACCCCUAAACUGUUCUACGCUGACCAUCCUUUCGUCUUCCUAGUGAAGGACCAAAAGACGAACUCCAUCCUGUUCAUUGGCAGGAUGGUCAGGCCAAAGGGUGAAAAGAUGCGAGAUGAAUUGUAACCGUGCAUUGACCUGAGCAUCUUGAGUUACAUUUAUGAAUGUGUGCGUGUGUGUGUAUAUUUUCUCCCGCAUUGUGCUGAGAGAACUAGCUAUAUUUGAUGUUUCACAAGUGCUUUCCUUUACAGCACAUGCAAACAACAUUCCACUACAUAUGGCUGAAUCUGAAUCUGAAGAUCUGUGUUUUUUGUCUGUGAGCAAAGUAUUGUGCGCACCCUUCAUUUGUAUUUUAAAGACUAUUUGAUAUCAGUGUGUGUUAUAUAUUGGCACAUACUACUACUACGACUAAGAACUUAGGUUAAGCAAGGUAAAUGCCUAAAAUGUAAAUGCACAAUUUUAAUGGCAGAGGGGAGUACCUGUUAAACAUUAUAAUUAGUAUGUUCCCGCACAAAUAUGAUUUCUACUGUCAUGUCUUAACAGUCUUUGUAAAAGGUGUUAAACAGUCUUAUUUUUGGAGAGAUUUUAUGGUGCUUGCUGUUUAAUUUAACAACAUUUUGUCGUGUGUCUACUUUGUUGAGACCAAGGAUUUUCAUCAAUUUAUGGCCAUCCUUUGCACUGCUUUCAACUAGAAGCAUGUAUUUUUUUUGUUUGUAUGUUUUUUGUUUUUAACCAAGAGGCAUUGCUGUUUUCUUGGUAUCAGUUCUUGAAAGCACUGGUCUACACUGGCAAACAAACCAAAUUAUGGCUGGUUUAACAAGAACUGCUAUGGCUUGACAGUUUUAAAAUAUGGUUGGUUUUAGACUGUUACAAAUUUCAGUUUUUUACAAUAAAGCUAUGAAAGAAAACCAAAAA